UCCCAUGGGGACCCCUUACCUUCUGCUGUUGACUGUCUGCUUGCUCUUUUCCCAGAUGAAUCCAGGUGCUGGCACUCUUACCUAUCCUGGCCAAAGAUCUGAUGGUUACAAUUGCGUCAAGGGUGGAGGAACCUGUCACUACUCCCCAUGCCCAAUCUAUAAAAAAAUUGAAGGCACCUGUUAUGGUGGGAAGGCCAAGUGCUGCAAGUGACCAGGAGAAAGGAUGCAGAUGCCAGGAGAACUAUCUGUAAUCACUCUUUCA